AUGGUCAAGUUGUGCGUCGACAGCCCCGCGCUCGACGUGGACGCGGCGACGCUCUGGCGAGCGCGCACGACGUCGCUCUUCAUGACGUGCGAACGCGCGGUAUUUGGUGAUUUAGAGAGAUCCGUCGUGUUAUACGAACGGUGUAGACACGAUGAAAACCGCGCGCGGUGCGUGAUACGAACGAAACUCGACGCGAAGCUGCCGUACAUGGCGAGACGGGCGCUCGGGGUGAAGUCGUCGCGAGACGCCGUGGUGAUGUACGACGACGUCACCCUCGAAGAGACGCAGAGCACGGGGCCGUAUCUGUUCGAAGCGUCGUCGCGGACGUACGGGACGUUUUUAAAUCCCGAAAAUAGCGUGUUGAAAGGGACGGUGCUGUGUAAAUCAGUCGACGACGGUUCUAUGUUGAGCGUGCGGUUGGAGUGCGCGGUGAAAAUGACGGGCAUCGGGAGCGCGAUCGAGCGAACGAUCGUCAGCGGCAUGAAGACGAAGUUUGCGCUGUAUCCGAAAGUCAUCGAGCUUUACAAGGCUAAACUGCGAGAGAAUGAGGCCAAACGGCGAGAGAGAGACGAAGAGAGAGCGGCGAAGGCGAGCAUCGACGCGUGCGCCGACGCGUGCGAAUUUCACUCCGCGCGCGAUUCGGAUAGCGAACGGGACGACGUCGCGCCAUCACUCGCUGACGAUAGAGUCGCCGACGCGAAAAAAGGCGACGCGACGAGUCCAAUCGCGACGGGAUGUUGCGUCCCCGCGUCGCGUCGCCGCUCGCGCUCGUCAAAUUCAAACUCAAACGCCGCUCCCGUCAAAAGAAUCCCAUAG